GGUGGAGCAGCCCCGUUACUCUGGAGAUGAAAGGCUGGGGUUGGCUGGCCCCGCUUCUGGGGCCUCUGCUGGGAACUGCCUGGGCUCGGAGGAGCCAGGAUCUACACGGUGGAGCCUGCAGGGCGCUGGUGGAUGAACUAGAGUGAGAAAUUGCCCAGGUGGAUCACAAGAAGACCAUUCAGAUGGGAUCUUUUGUCAUCAAUCCAGAUGGCAGCCAAUCAGUGGUGGAGGUGCCUUAUGCUCGCUCAGAGGCCCACCUCUCCAAGCUGCUAGAAGAAGUAUGUGCCCGGAUGAAGGAGUAUGGGGAACAGAUCGGUCCUUCUACCCACCGCAAGAACUACAUUCGCGUUGUAGGCCGGAGUGGAGAAUCCAAUGAACUGGACCUACAGGGCAUCCGAAUUGAUUCAGACAUCAGUGGCACGCUCAGAUUUGCGUGUGAGAGCAUUGUGGAGGAAUAUAAGGAUGAACUCAUUGAAUUCUUUUCUCAAGAGGCCGACAAUGUCAAAGACAAACUUUGUCAUAAGCGAACAGAUCUGUGUGACCAUGCCCUGCACAUAUCUCAUGAUGAGCUAUGAACCACUGGAGCCCCCCCCAAGACUGACAGACAUGAUGGAUCACCCCCAGGAGGGGAAGGGGGUGGCAAUGCCUUUUAUAUUAUGUUUUUGCUGAAAUGAACUGAAAAAAAUGGAAAAAAAAAAAAG